CUCUUCAGCUUCAGCAGAUAAGGUUCGAUUCUCGAGUGCUCUCUCUCUCUCUCACUCCCAUCCAUGGCCGAAGUUUCCAGAAUCUUCCACUCCACACUCAUCCCCACUUUCUCAACCCUACCUCACUUAACCCUCAACUCUCCUCGCUCUCAAUUUCAGCCACGGCGGAGCACAAUUCACUGCUCAAUCUCCACCACCGGCGACGCCACAAGAAUCGCGAUUUCGUGGGGAUGCGACGUGGAUUCUCUGGAGAACGCGGCGGCGUUGCAGAAAUGGCUGUCGGAGUCGGGUCUUCCGCCGCAGAAAAUGGCGAUAGAGAGAGUAGAAGUAGGAGAGAGAGGGCUUGUUGCCUUGAAGAAUAUUAGGAAGGGAGAGAAGUUGCUCUUCGUACCUCCCUCGCUAUUCAUCACCGCCGAUUCGGAGUGGAGCUGCCCGGAGGCUGGUGAUGUGCUAAAACAGAGUAGUGUACCAGAUUGGCCAUUGCUUGCGACCUAUCUUAUUAGUGAAGCAAGUCUCAUGAAAUCUUCAAGAUGGAGCAAUUAUAUCUCAGCCUUGCCUCAACAGCCCUAUUCACUAUUGUAUUGGACACGCGCAGAACUAGAUAGAUAUCUGGAAGCAUCACAAAUAAGAGAGCGGGCUGUUGAGAGGGUCAAUAAUGUCACUGGAACAUACAAUGAUUUAAGACUUAGGAUAUUUACCAAGUAUCCUGAUUUAUUUCCUGAAGAGGUAUUCAAUAUGGAGACAUUUAAAUGGUCAUUUGGCAUUCUUUUCUCACGCUUGGUUCGAUUGCCCUCGAUGGAAGGAAGGGUGGCCUUGGUUCCCUGGGCAGAUAUGCUAAAUCAUAGUUGUGAGGUGGAAACUUUUUUGGAUUAUGAUAAAUCGUCACAGGGAGUUGUCUUUACAACUGAUCGGCCAUAUCAGCCAGGUGAGCAGGUUUUCAUAUCAUAUGGCAAAAAAUCUAAUGGGGAGCUAUUGCUAUCAUAUGGAUUUGUUCCCAGGGAGGGCACCAACCCUAGAGAUUCAGUGGAGUUGUUGUUGUCUCUAAAUAAAUCUGACAAAUGUUAUAAAGAGAAGAUGGAAGCACUGAGGAAGCACGGAUUGUCAGCGUCACAGUGUUUUCCUCUACAAAUCACUGGUUGGCCAUUGGAGCUGAUGGCAUAUGCUUACUUAGCAGUCAGUCCUCCAAGUAUGAGCAGACAGUUUGACGAGAUGGCUGCUGCGGCAUCAAACAAGACAACAUCCAAGAAAGAUAUCAAAUAUCAUGAAAUAGAGGAAGAAGCACUACAAUUUAUUUUAGAUACUUGUGAAUCAAGCUUAUCGAAGUACACCAGAUUUCUUCAGGAAAGUGGAUCAAUGGAUUUGGAUAUGACAUCUCCCAAGCAGCUGAACCGGAAGUUGUUUCUGAAACAGUUAGCAGUAGACUUGUGUACAAGUGAAAGGAGGAUAUUAUUUCGCUCCCAAUAUAUUUUGAGGAGGAGGUUAAGGGAUAUAAGGAGUGGCGAACUGAGAGCUCUUAGACUCUUUGACGGGUUGAAGAAGCUUUUUAAAUGACUGAUUCAAAGAAUGACUUGACUCUCAAAUGAAUAUCGAACAUGCUCUUCCCAAGCCAUUUUCAUCAGCAAAAAAGAAAAAUCAGGGUGAAGUCUCUUAUAUCCAAUUUGGGAUUGAAGCUGCAAGUCCUGGUAAUGAAUUUUCUGACCAGUUGACACCCAAUCAGUUUGGCUUGAGGCUUUGUUUGAGUCGAGUCAAGUUGUUUUUUGAUUGGUUGGAAGGGUAAUAUGAGAUGUUAAAUUGCAUGGUAAGGUGUAAAAAUGUUUUCAAGAUUCAUAGGAUUGUAUUUCUGUACUUAAUUAACUUUGAUAAGCAACAUUCUGAGUAGAACUAUGGAAUUUUGUUCCCAAGUA